UUUCAAUAUUUUUUUAUAUGUGCUCGCACGUGAAUUUAUAAUUUUUUAUUUGACUAUAAUCUAUUGAGAACUUAAUCGUAGAAUAUUUAAACAAUAAUGGGAGAUUUUUUUAAUAAUAGCAGUGAAAAUUUUGACUUGGGUUCUUCGUCAGGUGGUGGUACUGACAAAUUUAAAGCCGAUGAAAUACAAAAAGUUAUAAUGAUGGAACAACAGAAAGCUCAACUAAAUGCACAAAUUCAAGAGAUCAGUGAAAUGUGUUGGGAAAAGUGUGUGGAUAAACCAUCAGCAAAGCUUGGUUCAAAAACCGAAGCGUGCCUUUCAAAUUGUGUUAAAAGAUUUUUCGAUUCUUCAGUUAUCAUUGCACACAGAUUCAAUCAGUUGAUUCAAAGGUCCAACACUGGUUAACCAAAUACCUACAUUUUUGUGUCCCAUUCUUUAUUAUAAUGUUAAUUCUGUAGUAAUUGAGCGAGCAACUUUUCAAUAUAAAUCAAGUAAUAUAAAUUGUUUUUAAUGGUUCUGUAUUGUACAUACCUAUAGUUUGAGUGGAAAUUGCUUGUUAUAUUAUUAAUGUUCGAUAUUGUUCAAUAUAAAAUAAAAUAUAGUUUAUAAUA